CACCGCCAUCGCUGCCAUCGGGGCCUCGGCGGCUGAGCUGCCCGCCGCACUGCCUGCGCCGGUCGGGUGUUCGGGUGGCUGCCAGGGCAAAAAGCUUGUUCCUCAUCCUGAGUGAGUCACACUUGGCUUGCAGCUGGGAUCAGGCAGAACCCUGGACGUGGAGGCAUAGUGGGGCCCAGGCCCAGAAGCUCGAUGCUGGAAGGCCUACCCCUGCUGCUGACAGUUUUAUUGUGCCUGGUGCUGCUGGCUCUGCUGCUCUUCCUGCGACACCACAAUUUAGUACUUUUUCUAUUCUGGAACGAGUGGGUCUUGCAGCCCAUCAACAACUGGCUCAUGGGUGACACAAAGGAGCAGCGCAUCCUGCGCUACGCGCUGCAGCACGCUGUGGCGGGUGACCCGCAGAGUGUGCUGGAGGCCAUCGACACCUACUGCUCGCAGAAGGAAUGGGCCAUGAACGUGGGUGACAAGAAAGGCCUGAUCUUGGAUGCAGUAGUGCAAGAGCAGCGCCCCUCCACGUUGCUGGAGCUGGGGGCCUAUUGCGGCUACUCGGCCGUGCGGAUGGCCCGCCUGCUGCAGCCCAGCGCCCGCCUGCUCACCAUCGAGAUCAACCCCGACUAUGCUGCCAUCACGCAGCAGAUGCUGGAGUUUGCAGGCCUGCAGGACAAGGUGACCGUCAUCAUCGGGGCGUCCCAGGACAUCAUCCCCCAGCUGAAGAAGAAAUAUGACGUGGACACGCUGGACAUGGUCUUCCUAGACCACUGGAAGGACCGGUACCUGCCAGACACAAUCCUCCUGGAGGAAUGUGGCCUGCUACGGAAGGGGACGGUGUUGAUGGCUGACAACGUCAUCGUCCCAGGAGCACCAGACUUUCUGGAACACGUGCGUGGGAGUGGCCACUUCGAGUGCACACAUUUCCCCGCCUACCUGGAGUACUCAAAGGUGAUGGAUGGUCUGGAGAAGGCCGUGUACACGGGCCCAGGCAGCCCAGCACGGCCUUGACUUCCUACCUGCUCUGGGUCUGGUUAUGAAGGUUGUGAUGGAUGUGCUGCUGCAGCCCUCACUGGCCCCUCUGCGCGCAGCCGCAGGCUGUCACAAGCUGACCCACCCCAAGGGCAAUCUGCUCCCCAUGCAAAGUCGCUGCAGUACAUCUGCAAAGUAAACACCAAAUCAGGGUGGCUGGUGCCCAUGACCCUGCCACUGAUGCCCAGCAGCAUUCCCAUAGGGUUUCUUACAGGGCCAGGUCCCUGGGCACAGGAAGUGGAGGGAAGUGGGGAACCUCUGCAGACCUGGGCUGUGUACUGUCUGUCCUCUGGCUUUGCAGUCACCAGGUGGCAGCACUGCCUCAGUGACAGUGCUGUGACCAAUAAUACAACACACCUUUGAUUCUUCUGAGUUCUUUUUAAGAAUGAAAUGUAACUUCACUAAAACUGGUUGACUGUUGAUAAUCUCAUACACUAAUAUCAUGAUUAAAAAUGCCAAAUUGGUAGUUAAAGAUCUAAAUAGAUAUUUGGAUAUAAGA